CGCCCUGUGUGAGCGAGCGCGCUGACGUCAGACAUCCCCCGCUAUCGCUGCGCGAGAGCGAUGUGUUGGAAUGCGUGAGUCUCGCGCACUUCCUUGACCGAUUUGAGAGUUUGGAAAUAACUUCUCCCGAAACUUGUUUCUGGAACAACAUCGCCGAACAACGAGUGAUCGUCUCCGCUAGUUGAGCAUGGCUGCUCAGAUGGUGUAUUCUGCUACUUCUGGUAUCUUCAUGCCUGGAGGGAUCCCACUACCGGAGGUGGGCCAUGACCUUCCUGAGCUGCCUCGGAAUGAUGUGGCCGCCCCGCAGCUAGUGAUGCUUGCUAACGUAGUGGUAUCAUCAGAGGCGUCUUCCUCAGACUACAAUGCAGAAGAGAAACAAAUGGUUGAACUCAAGACUGUUGGAUGCAACAACUAUUCUGACAGUGAGGAAGAGGGUGUUAUCAGAUACAGCCUUGACAAUUCGGAAAUGUCCGAGGACACGUACGCUGAGCGGGCCACUCGGGUUGAGGCAGAUGUUACCGAAAGAGCGCCGGAGCAAGUUGAAAUGGAGCGGGCAGAAGAUCUCUCGAACCCGUCCGAAAAGGCCCCAUCUGAGUCCUCGCAGGCGGAAAAACGCAAGCAUACCCCGAUUGUCAUCUUCGAAUCCAACAAAAAGAAGAAGAAGCCCUUCCUUUGUAAACCUUGCCAGUACCAGGGCGAGAACGAGGAGGACUUUAUUCACCAUAUCCGCAUUCACAGUGCCAAGAAAAUGAAUGUGGUAAAUGGUGCGGCUGACUCUGACGACGAUCUGGCCAGUGAGACAGGACAAUCUCAGACACCGAACCAAGAGAAUAGUGAAAGUUUGAGCAACUCCAAAGGUGUGAUCCGCUGUGAGCGUUGUGGAUACAACACCAACCGUUAUGACCAUUACAUGGCUCACCUUAAACAUCAUACUAAGGAGGGUGAAGAUCAGAGAGUUUUCAAGUGCACCAUUUGUGCUUAUACCACCAUCAGUCAGUACCACUGGAAGAAACAUCUGAGGAACCACUUUCCCAGCAAGCUUUUCACUUGCAACCAGUGUUCAUAUUUUUCUGACCGCAAAAAUAACUACAUACAGCACAUCCGGACCCACACUGGUGAGCGUCCCUUCCAGUGCGUAUACUGUGAGUACUCCAGUUCCCAAAAAACUCAUCUGACCAGACACAUGAGAACCCAUUCAGGUGAGAGGCCUUUCAAAUGCGACAACUGCAGCUACCUGGCAGCCAACCAGCACGAGGUGACCCGCCAUGCCAGACAGGUCCACAAUGGACCCAAGCCCCUAAGCUGCCCUUACUGCCAAUACAAGACAGCCGACCGCAGCAACUUUAAAAAGCAUGUUGAGCUCCAUGUCAACCCUCGCCAGUUUCUUUGCCCAGUCUGCAAGUAUGCUGCGUCCAAGAAGUGCAACUUACAGUAUCACAUCAAGUCCAGACACCCGGGAUGCAGUGAUAUCUCGUUGGACGUGUCAAAGGUAAGACUGCGUGUCAAAAGGACUGACAUCGACGACGUUUCGCCAAACGAGCUUGCGACAGAACAGGCUGGAGCAAGGGGAAGUGAGGAAAAGCAGUUGGAAGAGUUGGAUGACGUUGAGUCAGGACCCAUCAACCUCUCCAUUAAGAAAUCUAGUAAACCCACCUCUGCUGUGGAGACUGAGCUGACUGGUAAGACCCCAAAGAAAAACAUAGAUCUCAAUGUGAAAGAAAAAUCUGGAAAGCCAAGCCAGCAACCCAACGAGAAAAAGGCCAUGGCGAAAAAUGAGGGGAAAGAGAAAACCGGUAAGAAGGUUAAAGGAAAGACUUUGGUGAAAGACAUUGCCUCAACACAAACAGAGUCCUGCAAUAACAAACAAGCUAAUAAAAAGGAGUUAAAGAAGGUAGAGAAAUCAAUCAAAUCUGUGGAGAAAGUAAUGAAAGGUCGUCCUAAGAAAGAAAAGCCAUUAAAGGAGACCGCCAAUGAAGUUAUUGCAAAACGUCAACCCGUUGUUGAAGAGCAAAGGUUUGGUUUGGACAAUGAAAGACUGGAGAAAGACCUUGUAGAUAAACAGCAGCAGCACCAGGAUAAGGAAGAAAGAGAGGGGCUACAAAAGGAAAACCGAUUGCUGAAUGAUAAAGUGAAGGAGACCGAAGAGAAAGAAUGUGCAAAGGAUUGCAGGAAAUCUCCAACCAUGAAGCCAUGCAAGAGGCAGACAAAAUUGUCAAAGGUCAACAGUGAUACCCAGAGUAAAGAGGCAACGAAAGAAGUCAGGACUAAACCGGUCAAAAGAAAAGCAGAGAACAUGAAUGAACUAGCGACUGAUUCUUCAGAAGCAAAGCGGGUCAAGCGCACAAAGAAAGCUACAGCCAAGCCAUCAACAAGUUCGGGUGCUCCAGAGAGAAAUCACACCAUACCUGAUGUUCUACAGGCCAUCAAUGCUGAGGCAAGUACAAACAAACCUGACAGUUGUGUCAUUGAACCCGAGAAGACCGAUGAAGUCCCUCAGAAGCUAAGCCCUCCAGAAGCCGAAAAAGGGCUCACCACAGAAACACUGAAGGUGCUUAACCAACCAGACGAGCAGACGCCUACCGAUGUGACCAAUCACAAGGAGACUGCUGCUGUUUCAGAGGAACCCACAGUCUUGUGCGAUCCUCCCUCAGAACAACCUAAAGAAACCGAGAAUAAGAUCUCACGUGAACCAAAAGAAAUUCCAGAAGUAGACAGUGGAAGUGAGAUGCCGUCACCUACUGACAGCGAGAGCUCUCCAGGUUUCAGCUCAUCUCUUGAACUUCCUGGUCCGCCUGGUCACAAAUCCACCGAUGCAGAGUAUGACGAGGGUAUCCACAGUAACGAUGGGGGAAGUGACAUCAGCGAUAGUGCCUCUGAAGGAAGCUACGACUCCGGUCUUAACGGACUGGCUGCCGCCAACGAGGGUGGAGAGAAACUUCCAGAGACUCCAACGGAAGAGCUCCCAUCUUCAACCAAACUGCUCAGUCACACGUGUAUCUUCUGCGACCGUACGUUUUCUUUAGAGAUGGACUACCGCCGCCACUUGAACCGCCAUUUAGUGAAUGUGUACUACUUGGAGGGGGCAGCUCAGGGUGACAAGUGAGGAGUAUCUUUUUUGUGUUCAAGGCAGUUUAUGAGGUUCUCAGAGACUUCCGAACUGAACAAAGCUUGUUCAAGUUGUAAAAAAAAUGAGGUUCCUGUCUGUUCUUGUUGGCUUUACAGCUCAAGACAGACGCCCACAUCAAUGCUUUCUAGUUUUUAGCUUGCCGUGACAUGAUGCAACAUGAAAUGUCAAACUAAUAUAUUUCUUACCACAGUAUUCCUGAGAUUACAAUCUCGAAUAAACUUGUGAUAGGAUUCGAUUGUCUUGAGUUCCAAAUGAAGUGAAUUUGGUCAAAAUGGUCAUCGUUUUUUUUUUUUUUUUGUAAGACUACUCGGACAACAAAAAAAUUGAGGGCUGCCCUGAAAUCAAGUAAACUUUGUCCCUCCAUCCCUGCAGAGAGCUCAGAUUAGCCAGACCCAGGUGGUCCAGCACUGAAUAGCCCUGAAGAUAAUGGGGCUUUCACUGUCUUUGUGCUGCUCCACUCCACUGAAGCGCCUCCAUCGCUGGGUAGCAAGAGACGGAGUGUGUGUUUAAAGCUGGCUAAUGUCAUUGUAUUCAACUGUUUCUUUGUUCCCUUUUACAGUUUAGAGAGCACUUGACAACUAACCAUAAUCUUACCUUUCACAUACAAAAACAUUUCUGUACACUUCCUAGAGGUCUUUCUUUGAUUAGGCUGCUCUGCCUUUUAAGGAAAGUAGUGUAGUUUGAAAUGUUUGAAUAGUAGGUUAUUUUCUGUCUAAGAUUUUUACACUUGUGUUUGUAGAUUUUUGUCUUUUUUCUGUCAGAUUUUCUGGUAACGUCAUCCUCAGUCCAAAGAUUUUGUUGCUUUUGUCUGUAUAUAAACUGUACAUAUUUCUGUUCUUUACUUGCUCUUCAGUGCCUCAGACAAUCAAUUUGAGCAUUUUAAUUCAUUUCUCGGAUAUGUAGAUCCUAUUUACCAUCGGAAGAACAAAUGUCUUAUCUUUUCUCUGUAAAACAUUCCCUUCUAUAUCAAAUUAAUGAUCUGCAUCAAAAAUGUUUAUCCAAAGUUUAUCUACGGUAGUCAUAUGACUUUUGACUGACUUUCUUUAGUUUUUUAUGAGUGUGAAUGUGUUGUUGCCACAAACCUUUAAAUGUGCCACCAUAUCAUUGUCUAAAAAGGAGAAGAAAGAAAGAAAAAAAAAAGAAGAAAUUUAUAGACAAUUGCCUUUAGUGCAUUAAGUGCAAUAUUGAGUUUUUGGAUAUAUUACCAAAGCAAGAUGUAGUUGGUAGGGUUUUAGGAGUAAAAUCCCGUGUUGCUCCUUCAAAACCAUCCACAGGGCCCCUGAAAACUCUUGAACGGUUGGAUACUUUAUCACUGUAAACAUUUUUUUUUUUUAAGCACUGCAUUUCUUUUUUUAGAAUAGCAUGUUUCCAAUUCACAACUUGAAUUGUUGUCAUUUACAUAUCUUUGUAAGUGUUUGACUGUCUUUUCCAUUUCCUAGUAAUAGCAGUCAAAUUAUAUCAGUUGAAAUAUUAUAUAAUGUCCCCUCGAUUUGGCUUUUUAUGAAUAAUCUGCAAAAACAGUUUACUGUGUGACCUGUAUGCUUAGCAGAAGAUGUUUCAAUAAAAUAAAAACUCUUGCCACA